AUGAGUAGCCGCCGCCGCCGCCACGCCCGCUCGCCGGCGUCCGCGCCGCUGGACGACGACGACCUCCUCUGCGAGAUCCUGCUCCGCCUUCCCCCGCAGCCCUCCUCCCUCCCUGGCGCCUCCCUCGUCUGCAAGCGCUGGCGCUGCCUCGUCUCCGACCCCGGCUUCUUCCGCCGAUUCCGCCUCCGCCACCGCCGCAACCCUCCCCUCCUCGGCUUCUUCGACAGAUUUGAUAUCCUCUCCUUCCUGCCCACUCUGGAGGCCCCCAAUCGUGUUCCCUGCGAGCGCUUCUCCUUCCAGUGCCCCGACUUCGGCAGCUGCUCCAGCUCCCUUGGAUGCCGCGAUGGCCUCAUGCUCCUCUUCCUCCGUGAGCGUCUCCAGGUCCUGGUGUGGGACCCCGUCACCGGCGACCAGCACCGCAUUGCCAUUCCUGCAGCGUUCGAUGACAAGAAAACCCUGAUCGGCCUGAUCAAUGGGGCGGUUCUUCGUGCUGCCGAAGACGCCCGACACUUCCAGGUGGUCUUGGUAGUCGCAGAUGGCGACGACGAACAACAUAUACGGGCGCUUGCUUGUGUUUACUCGUCAAAGACUGGCUUAUGGGGAAAUCUGAUCUCAACACCGAUUCCAUACCAGCCUUCUGAUAGUUCAUUCCGUGUCCCUACCAUGGUUUAUACAGAUGAUGCUGUGCUGGCUGGAGGUUCCCUUUACUGGAAGCUUGCUGGGAAUAUGACUGGAAUUCUUGCAUUCGAUUUGGAGAAGCAGAGUCUAGCUGUGAUACGGGUGCCAGUGGAUAUGUAUGGCGAGGGAAAGUGCUUCAAGGUUAUGCGGGCCGAGGUUGGUGGGCUGGGUUUCCUUGUUGUUUCGGAAUCUGACUACACUGCCAAGUUAUGGAAGAGGAACACUGAUUGUGAUGGUGUCGCUUCGUGGGAGCUUGGAAGAACUAUUGAACUGGACAAGCUACUUCCCCUGAAAUCGGAGGAGAAAGAGCCCCUUGCAAUACUGGGAUUUGCUGAGCAGAAUAAUGUGAUGUUUCUGUGGACAGUUAUCGGCGUCUUGAUGAUCCAGCUUGAGUCAUUGGAGUUCAAGAAUCUUUAUAAAACCAUGAUCUUUUCUUACUAUCAUCCAUUUGAAAGUGUCUACAGUGCAGGAACAUGUGUUUCUGGUGGACACGACAGGGCUAAGCUAUUGGUCAAUACGUAA